GGGAAUAGUAAUCCCAUCAUUGGCGUCAGUGGGGGGUGGAAUAGUGCCCCAUCAUUGGUGUCAGUGGGGGGUGGAAUAGUGCCCCAUCUGACACCAACGAUGGGGCACUAUUCCUCCCACUGACACUUGCUGACCCCUGUUCCACCCCCCUCCCCGUUUAAUCACAUCAGUGAUGGGGCACUAUUCCUCCCACUGACACCAAUGACACUUACCUUGCUGACCCCUGCUCCAGCCUAGGCUCUUUCCCUCUCCCAUCCAUAGCCAGCAUACCU